UGCCGCUCACUGCUGACUGAAUGUCGGAGGGCUACGCAGCAUAGCUCACUGCGAGAGGAGGAGGGAGAUUUGGGAAGGAGCAAGGGCAGGGGGACGUAGCUGGCUGGGAGUCUGUGAAUCUGUAUCUGAGAGCCUGCCUCACACAUUCACACUCACACACACACACAGGAGCAUGAUUUAUGUGUCUGUUUAUGUCUCUGAGCUGCAAAUGGUGCAGAAAAUGACUGAAGAUGAUCCUUACCAGGACCACCACCGCUUACCAGAUCCUUGGAUGUAACCUGACCCUGUAUUCUGGGCCUUUGCCUGGUUGGGAAAGCCUUUUUUUUCAGGCAGGGUGGGGUGAAUGGCUUUUGUGGGUUAGUAGUGUUGUGACUCUGUUACAGGAUGGAAGGAAGGAAAGAAGGUUUUGCUAGUGGCUGGAGGGACGGAGGCAAGAGGUGAUCUCCUAAUCAAAACAGGAGAGGGAACAUGGGAGAUAUGAAGACGCCAGACUUUGAUGACCUACUGGCAGCCUUUGACAUCCCUGACAUGGUGGAUCCUAAAGCUGCUAUUGAAUCUGGACACCAAGAUGAACACGAUGGUCAACUAAAACAAGCUAGUGGUGGGGUGCCUGCCGCUGAAGAAGAUCCCCACAAUUCCUCAAAUACACACGAUGUUGGAGUUAGUGUCAUUGUAAAAAACAUUCGAAACAUGGACACAAGUGAACAUGGUGGGAGUGGAUCAGAAAAAGACAGACAUUUCAUCUCUCAUCCCCAACAACAUUCUGCUGGCAAUGGACUUCAUAAUGGCCGCUUGUCCACAGUAAAACCUGGUGCUCAUUACACUAAAAAUGGAAGGAAAGCUCCCAGAGAGGAGGGGCAUAAAGUAAAAAAACAAUCAUCUACCUUUAAUCAGUUUAGCCCAAUCUCUAGUGCUGAAGAGUUUGAUGAUGAUGAUAAAAUUGAGGUAGAUGAUUCCGUGGAAAAACAGGGAGCUCAGACUUGCUUCAAGUCCCCUGUUAAGACUGAAGACCAGAAAUCUCCCAUUGUGGACGGUGCAUCUAAGCCAAGAGCAAACAAAGAUGAAAGACUUGAACAAAACAGCAACAACAAUGCUGUCAGAAGUUCUAAAACUAACAAUCCCUCUCUAUCAACUUUACCUGAAGAAAACCUCAAGGAUGCCAUUCACAAGUCUCAAAGUCAAGAUUGCAGCGAUGCUAGAGAGUCACCAGGGCCUGUUGACAUGUAUAGCACCUCCCAUGGAAAAGCCAAGUCCUCCACAAAACUUUCAUCUUGUAUAGCAGCGAUAGCAGCACUCAGUGCCAAAAAGGCUUCUGUUGGAGACUUGGAUGCUUUGGAUUCUGCUAAAACACAGAAAGAAUCUGUCCAGGCCAAAGAAAAUCCCAAGGGUCCAGAGAGACCUCAGGAGCAGGAGUCAGCCCUAGAUUUUGCAAAGAAGCUGUUAAUAAAGCAACCAGAGAGCCCCUGUAGUGUCACCAGUGAGAGCAGCAAUAAAGGCUCCCCUGCCUCAAACACAGACACCACCCCGGUCAUUCCAAAGGUGAGGAUCAAAACCAUAAAAACCUCUUCUGGACAGAUCAAGCGAACAGUUACAAGAGUCCUCCCGGAGUUUGAUCCUGAAGGGAUGAAAAAAGCAGAGAAUAGCCCAUGUUUCAUGGCAACGGCUGGUGCAAUGUUCUCAUUGCCUACAAGGUCCUCACUACCAGCAACAGUAGUAACCACCAGUGGAGGCUCUUCUAUUGAAAUAACCAAGCAGAUGACUAUCAAGCCUGUGGCAACAGCUUUCUUGCCGGUCUCAGCAGUCAAGACAGCUGGUUCACAUGUUAUUAACCUUAAGCUGGCUAACAAUACCACAGUAAAAGCAACUGUCAUCCCUGCAGCUUCGGUGCAAAGUGCCAGCAGUGCCAUAUUGAAAGCUGCUAAUGCCAUCCAGCAACAGACUGUCAUGAUACCUGCAUCCAGUCUGGCAAAUGCCAAACUUGUGCCAAAGACAGUCCAUCUUAGUAACCUCAAUCUCCUGCCUCAGAGAGUGUCUUCUGCUGCCUGUGACCUGCAACAGGCCAUGUCCUCUUCCAAAAUGCCUCAGCAACAAUCAGCACAAGUCAAACAACAGACAGUUAUCACUGGCCAGGCUUCAAAGAAGGUCUCUAGAGUUCAAGUGUUCACCAGCUCUCAAAGCUCUGUGGUGGAUGCCUUCAAUAAAGUCCUGAGUAGCAUGAAUCCUGUUCCUGUGUAUAUUCCAAACCUCUCCCCACCAACCUCAGCCUGUAUUUCUCUACCCUCACGGGGCUACAAGUGCCUGGAGUGUGGAGAUUCCUUUGCUCUUGAGAAAAGCCUAACCCAGCACCACGAACGCCGCAGUGUGAGAAUCGAGGUCACCUGCAACCACUGUGCCAAAAGUCUGGUGUUCUACAACAAAUGCAGUCUCUUGUCUCAUGCCAGAGUCCACAAAGACAAGGGGGUGGUCAUGCAGUGCUCACACCUAAUUCUAAAACCCAUCCCUGCAGAUCAGAUGAUUGGUACAUCAAAUUCAUCAGGACCACCUGCUGUCACCUGCACCACCUCUACCUCUCAAGCACAGGCGCCUGCAGGUCAAAUCCAAGGAAAGAUUGCUAGUAAUGUAGACCAAACAGCUGUCAUUUCAGCUCCGUGCAGUGCUCCUCUUGUAGCAGCCAUGCCCUUGGAGGAUGAUGCAUCAAAGCUAUGCCGGCACAGCUUAAAAUGCUUGGAGUGUAAUGAAAUGUUCCAGGAUGACAGCUCACUAGCCAUGCACUAUCAACAAGCUCCAGAGUCCAGUGGUCAGAAAACAUGCACCAUUUGCCAAAUGCUUCUCCCAAAUCAGUGCAGCUUUCUGUCACACCAGCGAAUCCACCAGCACAAGUCCCCUUACAUCUGCCCAGAGUGUGGAGCCAGUUGUCGCUCUAUUCACUUCCAGUCGCAUGUCACCAAGAGCUGCCUGCAUUACACCCGCAGAGUUGGCUACCGCUGCAUCCAUUGCAGUGUGAUCUUUGCAGAUGUUGUGACUCUCAAGUCGCACAUCCAGAGUACUCACUGUGAGAUCUUCUAUAAAUGCUCUCUCUGCCCCAUGGCCUUCAAGUCUGCCUCUGGAACACACUCACACGCUUACACUCAGCAUCCAGGAGUGAAGGCAGGAGAGCCCAAGGUGAUCUAUAAGUGCUCCAUGUGUGAUACCGUCUUCACUCUGCAGUCCCUGCUCUAUACACACUUUGAUCAGCAUGUUUUAAAUCAUAAAGUUUCAGUGUUCAAAUGCCCUGACUGCUCCAUGCAUUAUGCACAGAAACAGCUCAUGCUGGAGCACAUCAAGGGCAUCCAUGGCACCCUGAGGACCAUUGAGGGACCACCAAACUUGGGUAUCAAUCUUCCACUCAGCACAAAAUCCAAUUCCAACAGCACCAACUGCAAUAGCCCCCUUAAUGACAACAACAAAGAUGGAGGACACAUCAAUGGACAAGACAAGGGAGAAAAGAAGCCUUUGCUCGUCCCGUUGAAGAAAACCAACAGUAACUGUUCAGUUGACCUUAAGAGCCCUUCCAGCUCGGGAUACACAUGUGGAGAUUGCAACAGCCCCUUCAGCUCAAGGGAGCUCUUUGUGUCGCACAUGAAGCGAGAACAUGGCAAGAUACUGAAGAAACAUCCAUGUCGACAGUGUGACAAGUCUUUUAGCUCCUCUCACAGUCUUUGUCGGCACAACCGUCUCAAACACAAAGGACUAAGGAAGGUUUACACCUGCCCACACUGUCCAGCUCUCACUCAACCCUUCACUAAAAGAGUGCUGCUGGAUCAGCACAUCCAGCUGAUGCACAGAGUUAAAAAUCCUGGAGGAAAGACCGAUACUGGGGAGGCUCCACCUGACAAGCAAACGAGUCAAAGUCCUAAAAGGAAGCCAGAGGAAGAUGAGGGGUCACCAGGCUUGAACUCUAGAAGCUCCGACUCGCAGCCAUUGAAGAGGUUGAAGGUGAAUAUCCUCAAAGUUCACAAGUGUGCUGUCUGUGGCUUCACCACUGAAGAUAUUGCUGCUUUCCACAAGCACAUUCCCCAGCACAAAUCAGACGGAUCAUCCUUCCAGUGUCAGGAGUGCGGCCUGUGCUACACCUCCCACCGCUCACUGGCCCGACACCUCUUUAUCGUCCACCGGCUUAAGGAGCCGCAGGGUCUGGGCCGAUACAAUGGACGGGGCAAAGAUGAUGAAGAGAGUCAAAGAGAGAACCAGUUAGAUUUUACAGAUGAAAACGAUAAUGGGACACCAAAUACCAAAUGCAAAGUGUGUGGGAAGCUGUUUGAAACAGAGGGAAACCUAAAUACACACAUGAGGACACACGGGAUGGCGUUCAUCAAGUCAAAGAGACUGAGUGCAGCCGAAAAGUGAGGGAAAGAGUUUAUAAUCAUUCCAUUAUUCCAUUAAACCUACAGUACCUCUAAUAUCUGUGGUUAUGCUGUAAAUACAUGAAGAUGUAGUGUACAACAAUAUCUAUACAGUACAAUAUACACAAGAAUAUGUAAUGUAGCCUACAUCAAAGUCACUUUAUGUCUUUCAGUAAAUGGAACAAGAUAGUUUUUGUACAGAUAGAGACAUUUCUAUAGGCCUCGAAUAGAACUUUUUUUAGAAGAGCCCUUUAUUUUAAACUAGACUAGAAAAUGUAAUGUAUAUAUAAUCAGCAGUGUCCUGAAAGAUUAGUGCUGCUUUCGUCCGACGAAUGUCUGCUAGAAAUAAUAUAAGCUGAGGGAGCUUCAAGUUUCCCUGACCGAGGUCCUCUAUUUCAACUUGUGCUUUUAAAUUUACGUGGUGAGUGAUAUUUUUAUUUUCUGUAAUAAGACCCUGGCACUUCUUCGGUACAUCUCGAAACAGUUGAUCCCCAAAACAAAAUCCAUGCAGUAACUUUGAGUAAGAGAAACAAAAUUUCUGAUGAUUUCGGGGACAAUCAAAGCUGCAAGUCAUCAAGUUAUAAUUUACAUAUCAAAUGCAUAUAAAGAAGUUAAUAGAUGCUCAUGUCAAAUAUUGUAAUAUCUUUUAAAGAUGAAUGUGGGCCAAAUUUGCUUUUGAAAAAUAUUUUGUAGAAGAUCUUGAUCUUGUUUUUUUUUAAAUUGAUGUUUCAUUUUUGUCUUUAUAUACUCUAAAUGGCAGCUCUUUGAAAUGAUAAUUUACUUAUGAAAAGUUUAUUCAUCUUAAUAUUUGAAAUAUAGGACACAAAGCACUUGCCUUUGUCUGAAGAGCAGUUAUUGUCACAGCUUAUAAGUGAAAAUUUGCCGUUACAGCACAAAACAAACAAAAUUGUAAUGACCCCGUCUUUCAAAAUCAUGUUAAAGUUAUUGUUUAAUUUUUGAAUUUUUAUUAUAAUUAUUAUUAUUUAUGUCAAUGUUGUUUUUUAGUUUUUCGGAUUUAUGUUGAGUCAUGAUGAAUAAUGAAUGUCCACUGAUAGGAAUUACAGUGGGAAAAAGUAAAAGAAGACAUCUUUGAAUGUAAAUUUAAUUGAAUGUAAAGUAAUUCAUCUGUGAAGCUGAAUUAUUUGACAGCCAGUUCAAUUAAACACCCUCCCAAUAU